UCGAUCUCGUCUAUUCGCUCUCAUUUAGUCUGAUAGCCCCCAAAUUCUGUGUCUUACCCUCCUCUGCUAGAUUGAUUCCGGCUUAAGAGUCGUCGAUAUUCGAGAUGAUGACCCCCAGUGGCUUCAUCGCCCCCUUGAGGUGGGCAGCCAACAUAAACCUACCGAAAUGAGGUAUGAUCAGGCAAUCACGUCUGCCUCGUCUCUGCCUCGCUGAAGGGUAAUUUGAAGCGAAGGCCAGUGAAAGCUCCACUAGGAAAGGAUGAUGACCUAUAUAAAGGACGCUGGUGGUUCUCGUCUUCCGCUUGAGACCAUCAACAACCUCCACAUCUCCCCAUCUUUCUAUUACCAACCCGAGCAAGCACCGGAGAUAAAUUCAUCAUCAUGUUCGUGAAAACGGCGCUGCUUGGCCUGCUGUCUGGUUCCUUCCUGUACGGAAUGGCCCAGGCCGAGCUGGAUUUUACCCAGUGGCAUCCUGCAGGGCCCAGCGACUUGCGCUGCGGCUGUCCGGCGAUGAACAGUUUGGCCAACCAUGGGUUCAUCAACCACAAUGGCAGCAACAUCACCGUUGGCGAGGUCGUCCCCCUGAUGCAGGAGGUCUUCCAUCUGAGUGAAGAGCUGGCAUCCAUUGUGACCGGUCUCGCCUUGCUGGCAGCGGACAAUCCGGCGUCGGGUACCUUCUCCCUGGCCAUGCUCAACCGACACAAUAUCUUCGAGCAUGACGCCUCUCUUACCCGCAAGGACUUCUAUCUGGGCGGCGACGGGCACACCAUUGACCCGCCGUCCUUGAAGAGCUUCCUGGCCCAUUUCGAGGGGAAACAAUGGGUCGACCUCAAUGAUGCGGCUGCUGCCCGUUAUGCCCGUGUGCUCUUGUCGCGGGCGAAAAACCCAGACUUCACAUAUCGUGACCAGCAAGUGAUUACCAGCUACGGCGAGACCAUCAAAUACUUCCGCACCAUGGUGGAUCCACGAUCGAAUCGUACCUCGGCCGAGUUUGUGAAGAUUCUGUUCUCGGAAGAACGCCUGCCGGUCAAGGAAGGUUGGCAACGUCCCGCAGAAGAGAUCAGUGGCUUUUCGUUGGCGAGCGACGUCACCCAGCUGGCCUUGCGUACUCCAGAAAAGUACCUGCACCAUCCCUUUGACCAGCGACCUUUUGCCGAACAAGCCUUGGACCCCCUGUCGUGGGAGCUGCCUCCCGACCAGCAACAUGGACACAACCAGUCCAAGCGGGAGAUUUCAUUCCAGGCCUAG